UUCCCCCUGCACUACACCCGGACACCAGUUCCUCUUCCCCUGAGCCUCUGGGUGCAGAGCCUGCGGAGCUCCAGGGCCCACAGAAUCCGCGUAGGGUGCUGGCUGCUCUGGCCCCCGCGUCCAGGUGCGCCGCCACGCAGCGCCUCUGCGCGGGAGCCUCCAGCACCGCCCAGGCAAAGGACCGGAAAGGUUCUUGGAAUGGAGAGCGGCCUGGCAUGGAUGCUGUUUCUGCCGCUGCUGCUGCAGAAUCUAGGCAGCCAGGGAUUAUCGUGCAACGUGUCCUCGGGGAAUGUGGACUGGACCACGAAGUUCACAGACAAAUGCCUGAACUUCAGUGGCCAACGCCUGAGCCUGCCCCAGAACCAGUCUCUGCAGGCCAGUAGGGUGGUCCUCCUUGACCUGUCUGGGAAUGGCCUUCCAGACCUCCCACCACCCUUCUUUGCUCAACUGUGGGAGCUGAAGGUCCUGAAUGUGACAAACAACCCCCUGGGCCGCCUGGACAGGGCACUGGCUGAACGCUGUGACCUUGACCUGAAGGCUGACUGUAGAUGCAUCCUGGAAACUUGGCUUAAGGUCCGGCAGGACAACAACUGCUCUGACCACCUGCCUCUGCAGUGCCUGGACACAGCCACUAGCACCUGGCACAAUGUCUCCACCUUUCUGGAAGUCAGCUGCCCCCCUGGGCUGUCCCUGAUGACCAUCGUGGGACUAGUGGUCAGUGGAAGCCUGCUGCUCACCACUGCUGGUCUAGUGCUAGCCUGGAGACUCCAGACAUGCAGGAUGGUCAGGAGCCAGAGCCUAGGCAAAACGUGGGCUUCUCAGGAUGGCUCCAGGUCCAGCUCCGGUCGGCAGCCGAGGUACAGCAGCCGGGGCCUCAGCCCACACCCCCCAGCAGCCACACCACCCAGACCCUCCACACCCGACUAUGAGAACAUCUUCAUGGGCCAGUCAGCUGCCGGACACCAAGGGGCAGAACAUGGGGCUUACCCUGCAGAGGACAGUGACUUCUAUAUGAACUACGAGGGUCUUGACCAUGCAUCCCAGCCUGUCUACUGCAACCUGCAGUCGCUGGGCCGGGCCCCGCUGGAUGAAGAGGAGUACGUGAUCCCCGGGCGCUGAGCCUUUGAUAUCUCGAACUCCAGCCUGCCCACUUUCCGGCUCUCAGGGGAUUCCAGCACUUCCCUGGCCUCAGUCUUCCCAUCUGAGGAAUGGGACAGGGAAAGGCCCAUCCUUGAGGCCCCAGGGGGGCUCUGCAGCUCCCUCCCAGUCUCUGCUCUGAUCCUCCAUUCCUAGAAGGGGAGGAGGAGAGGUCCAAUAUGGGGACAAGCAGGUCAGUGUGUGGAUUCCGUGAUCAGCCUCCUGUUGGUGUGCACACAGGUCUCAAUAAAUGCUGCGGGGCUGAGGAAGCUGCUGGCUCUGAGCCAGUGAGUUCUUCACCGUGGGGAUGUCCUGA